GUUUUUUCCGUAAGAUGUCGUCUGCGUCUGGCAAAACAAGUUUCGAAUUUUCAAGCCUCAUAAUAUUGCAGAAUAGUCCUUGAGACGCAGUUUGGAGUUUAGGAAGCGAAGAAUCUUUUCCAAAAGCACUCGGGACCACAGGAGUAAACUAUUUCAAGAACCUCAACCAAGGAGGGAUCUCAUGGAUGUUCCUGGCAAUUUAGACGCGACCAGCUUUCAUUAUAUUUACGAAUACAAUCGAAGCUUCAAGAGAUAAGCAUCUCUAUAAUGAUUGGCUUGUUGUCAUCGUGUCGAGGGAAUUGUAAAAUGGUCAUUAAUUUUUUUUUUCUCUUACGGAGUAUACGAGAAUCUGAUAAGGAACGAGGGUCAAUGUCUCUCGAUCUAUUCUCAAUGCUCCUUUUCGUAUAUAAACAAUCUGUGACGUGACAGAACUGAUUAAUCACAGAUGAAAUUACGAUACGCUUGACGUCCCUGAAUCACCAACACUGCAAGUUUAAAAUCUAUGACUUUGUCACGGACAGGUUUGAUGAGUUGAUUUUGUAAAUGUUAAAGUUGAAGGAUACACGCAGAACUAAUUUUUGAAAGCAUCGAUUCUACAAAGUAGUUGGCGAUUUCGAGUUAUUAUCUCGAAAAGUUUUGUUUUUAGAGCCCUCAGAAAUACAAUCUAAUUUCCGUGACUUGCUUCGAAGAGUUUUGAGAAUCGAAUGGUUCGGACAAAAAAUGUCUCAUGAGAUUUUUGUACGUAGAAAACUUUCUCCAACCGUGUAAACUGAUAACUCAUCACGAGGACAGUGACCGAGAAAGGGUUCAGUAUUCUCGUUUCAAAUUUCGACCUGAAAUUUAAGUUUAAUCUUCAUUUCAUCAUUUGCUGGAUUGAUUUGAUCGAAAGUACCUAAAAUUGGGGCAACUUUGCUUAUGCAAGCCCUGAAGAAUGGAGGAAAUUGACGAUUUCAAUAAAAAUAUCAUACUGGGAUAAAAAAAAUUUUCAUUCAAUCGCAGUGUUCUUGAUCAGUGUAAACGUGCCAUUAAAUCUAAUGUAUUAGAGUAUGCGAUUGAUCGAAAAUUUUUAUUCUCUCCGUGCAGUUCGAUAGAUUUGAUAAAAACUUGAAAAUAUUUGUUCCCCUGCAGUUAGCACUAGCAACAUUCGAUCAGUUGCCUUUUAAAUCGUUAGUCGCGGACCGGUGCUUUGAUAAGUGCGUGAAAAAUACGAGCGAUCAUGACUGAGUACGAUAUACACGAUGAUUUUUUCCCGGUGACGUUAUAAACGUAUCUAGUGACGCGACCAGAUCGAAUGUCUUUCGGCUCGUGUGAAUGGCUGUGCACUGGCAGAAUUUGUGUUUGAGAUUGACCGCGCGACAGCUCCGAAACCAGUAGAACCGAAAUGACUCCGUGGCAUACUACAUCAAGUUCUAAAAAACGUUUUUUUUCUGUUCCAUGUAGCGUCUCCGACUGAAAAUGCUGUCCUUGGACUUUCGGGAAGGUCAACGCGCCGCUCCUCACAGACUUUCUGAUGUAUUCUGUGAAUGUGAAGGUGGACACACAGCCAGAAGAGUUGUGCAUGUGUUAUUGCCCAACCGCGUGCUCUCAGAGGGAGGAGAAAGAGGGAACGAGAGAGGAAGGGAAGGGAAAAAGAGCUAUGAUUUCUCGUACCGCUUGUCCACUGCUUCUCUUCCACGAAUAUACAAGAGCAAGCCGUCCGGGAGAUACACAGUGUGACGCAUAUUGCCACCACUGCGUAAAAUAAAAAGCGUUUUAAAAAACGACCACUGGCAAUUAUCAUCGUUGCAUAUAUACGUUCACAUGAUUUAGAGAACGGAUUCAGUUUAAUCGCUUGACGUCGCGGAACGAGCUUCAUCUCCCGCGCCAUUCCCACGUGUUUAUCGUGUCCGCAUUGUUUGUUCCUUCGUUGCAUAGACUGUUUUUAACAUUUAAUCGUAGAUUUACUCCUCUUCACACAAGCUCGUGAUCUCUUGGGCACGCCCACAGACUGGAAUACAAUUAAAAACUAUAGUCCUCUUUGGUUUAUAAUUUUUCGAAUUCAAUUUUUCAAUUUCGACUUCCGAAUCUUCGUCGAUGUGACAUAACUCGGCUCCGAUUUUAUUGACACUGCAGACAUCUGCUCCGAACUGUAAACAUCAUCGAUAUCUGCAAUCGACGCGAUUUGAGAAAAGUUUUGAAGAGAAACUAUGACGAUGAGGGAAACGAGACCAUCGAGAUCCUGCCCAUUUAUCACAUCACGUGGUUCUGUCAGGCUCGCAUUAGCUUCCGUCUGCUACUUGUGUGUCUUGCUCGACAACUUCGCUAACGCGGAUAAACUUCGAAUGUGCAUCGUUGAGACUGUACACACCACUAAAAGAGUUCAUAAAUUAUGCCCUAAAUUGAAAAACGAACCGUCCAGUGAGGUCGAAUGCACCGUCGUGAACGACAGAGUAAGUUGCCUGAGAAGGUUGGUCGCAGGUGAUGCUGAAUUCGCUAUACUCGAACCCGAGGACCUUGUUCUGGCGGGAGCAAAUACCGAAUAUGAUAUUCUAGUCACUCACGAGUUGAGGUUGUUCAAAAAUGAUACUCAACGUUUCUCGAUGGUAGCUCUGGUCAAAAGCGAUAUUAAAAGUGCGUCCGAUCUCAUGGGAAAAAGAUUUUGUCACAGUGGCUUGGAAAGCACAGACGAUUCGACUCGGAUAUUCGCAACGUACUUUCAACAUUGGAUUAUUCCACGAAAAUGCGAUCCGGACAUGACUCUUGUCGAAGACGAAAUUUCCUCGCUUGCCAGUUACUUCGGUCCUUCUUGCGUUCCGGGACCGUGGACUCAAGAUUCAACCUACGAUAGUUACCUGAAAUCAAAAUACAAAAAUUUGUGCGCAUUGUGCAAUAAUCCUGCGGGAUGCUACCACGGUGACAAAUAUCAUGGACGCGAAGGUGCUCUUCUUUGUCUAACCGAAAAUCAAGCCGACGUUGCAUGGGUUCGUUUAGAAGACGCUCUGUACCAUUUUAAGUCUCUUGGACUCGACGAGACGAGCUACAACUAUUUGUGUCCUGAUGGCUCAACAAGAUCGAUGACAACGGCCAGACCGUGUGUUUGGAUAAGGAAGCCUUGGCCUGUCAUCGUUGCCAACAGACACAACGCUGAACGCGUGGCUCGCGUUAUCGAUGCAAUCGGAAAAACGGAGUUAUCUUGGCAAUACGACGCAAUCCAAUUGAUGCAAAGCUAUCGCGUGACUCCGUUGUCCACGGAAACUCUACCGACACCCGAGGAUUUCAUACAGCGAUAUGCCGGUUUUACGACGGCAAACUACCGAUCGGGUUGCACGCCACCGAGAACGAUCCGCUGGUGCGUUGGUUCAAAUAUCGAGGAUCGGAAGUGUCGAACAAUGAGAGACGUCGCUCAAGCCUACGGAAUUGGGCCCCCGAUUUCGUGUAUUCAACGGUCCAACCGAACAGCCUGCAUCGAGGCCCUCCGCACCGGAAGCUUGGACAUAGUCGUUGUCACACCGGAGGAAGAAGUCGAGGCGAGAUUAAAAGGUUGCACAUCGCUGCUUCGCGCAAUUACCAACAAGAAACAAGAUGUGAAUGUCGUUGCGGCGCUGGUGCGAAACGACUCGACUUAUCAAACGUUGCAAGACUUGGAAGGAGCACGAGCAUGUUUCACUGGCUUCCGGAGCCUCGGUUGGAACGCUUUCAUCAGCGCUAUGGUCGAUGAUACGAAAGACGUACAGUGGAAUUGUUCAGAUCUUAGAGCAGUGUCGAAUUUUUUCAAGGAUAGUUGCGUUUACGGGAUCGAAUCUGCAAAACCUUCGGUACCCUCCAAUCUCUAUUCGUUGUGUCAAAAAGGUCAAUCCGAAAUGAACGCGACUGCGGCAGGUUACGCUUGUCUGAAAUCAGGCAGAGCUGAUGUUUCUUUUGUCAGCCUCAAAAAUGGAUUGGAGAACAACAGAGGAUCGAGUUUAUCGGAGGAUGGGAAUCUCCGAAUGUUGUGCAUCGACCGAUCGGGCAGCAGCGAGGAAUCUUGUUUGCUAACAUGGAGCGAGCUCGCGAGUGUGAUGAUCAAUGAAAAUAUGACGACACUGAGAAGAGAGGAAAUUUAUUCGACCCUCCUCGAGAUCGACGUAAUAUUCGGCAGGAGUUCCCCGGGCCCCAUGCCCGCUUUCUCGUUAUACGGAGCUUACGACACAGUCCCCGAUGUUCUAUUCCCGGAACGGACGCAACACCUUCAAAAAGAUGCUAAUCGGAUUCACUUGCCAAGGAGUUACCCGGAAGUUGUGGAAAGAAUGGUCAUCCGUGAAAAAACGUACAAGUAUUGCAGCGACGCGAGUCGUCCGACGAGACCAUGGUCCGGUUCGACAGCGGCCAUGAUAAUGUCGAUCGUAAUUAUUUCUGCAUCAGCAGCGUGACAAUAAUUUCUCAUUCGCAAUGAGAAUAUUAAAGGUAGCUCGUAAAGUGUGUGCAAAAGAUCUGUUUAUUUCUCAUAUUCGCAAAGUUGAACAAAUUACUGGACUAGGCGUUCACUCGAGCCACGAUCUUGAGUGUACGCUCGCACAAACUACAGAUAACAUCGUAACUGCAUGUAAAUAUCGAUCGAUCGGAGGGACGAGACUGCAGUAUUUGUAUGAAAUAACUCUUUCGAAUAGAAAAAACUGUUCUUCGAGUAACACGAAUUAACCCGAGCUACUUGCAAUCGUGAUAUUUGUAAACUAAAAACUGAUUAACGUUUCUUACAAAUCCAUAAAGAAUUUCGACGUUGUAUCGCUAUUUGAGAAACUUAAAAUCAUAAUAUGUCUACGUA